AUGAAAGUCAAGGUCAUCAAUCGCAGCGAGGAGCAGUUCACGAGGGCGCGCAGUCAGGAUGUGCGCAAGGUCCACAAGAACCUGGACCCCUCCCUGCACCCCAUGGAGCAGGCGCACGAGUACGUCCGCGCGGUGAACGCCGCCAAGCUCGACCGCGUCUUCGCGAAGCCCUUCAUCGCCGCGCUCCCGCACGACGACGGCGUCACGUCACUCGCCAAGAACCCAAAGCGCCUCAACUCCAUCCUCUCGGGCUCCGCGGACGGCCAGGUCCGUCUCUGGGACGUCGCGAACCGCCGCUGCCUCCGAAUCCUCAAGGGCCACUCCGCGGCCGUGCGGGGCAUCGCGGUGACGCAGGACGGCCACAGCGUGGUGUCGUGUAGCGACGACAGCACGGCGCGGCUGUGGAAGGUCCCCGCCGCGGCGUUCGACCCGGGCCCCGUCGUGGAGGAGGUUCCCGCGGUGAUGGAGUUCCAGGGCAAGGGCGCCUUCCGCAGCAUCGACCAUCAUUGGCAGAAGGACAGCUUCGUAACGGCGGGUUCUGCCGUCGAGGUGUGGGACCACGCGCGGUCGGAGCCGCUCCGGACGAUCCAGUGGGGCGCGGACUCGGUGACGGCGGUGCGGUUCAACCCCGCGGAGCCGGACCUCCUCGCGUCGUGCGGCGCGGACCGCUCGGUGGCGCUGUACGACCUGCGCACGGGCACUGCGGUGCGGAAGCUCAUCAUGCAGACGCGGAGCAACGCGCUGGCGUGGAACCCCGUCGAGGCUUUCAACUUCACGGUCGCGAACGAGGACUGCUGCCUGUAUUCGUACGACAUGCGGAAGCUGUCGUCCGCGAAAUGCGUGCACAAGGACUUCGUUUCUGCGGUGAUGGACGUGGACUUCAGCCCGACCGGGCGGGAGUUCGUCGCGGGCGGGUACGACCGGUCGGUGCGGAUCUUCCCGUACAACGCGGGGCACAGCCGGGAGGUGUACCACACGCGCCGCAUGCAGCGUGUGUUUGCGGUGCGGUUUUCGAUGGACGGCGCGUACGUGUUCACGGGGUCGGACGACAUGAACCUGCGGAUCUGGAAGGCCGAGGCGUCGGAGCAGCUCGGGACGCUCCUGCCGCGCGAGAAGCACCGCCACGCGUAUAACAAGAGCUUGAUUGAGAAACACAAGCACUUGCCCGAGGUGAAGAGGGUGGUGCGGCACCGGCACCUGCCCGCGGGGAUCUACAAGACGGCGCGGACGCGGAGGGAGAUGGAGGAGGCGGAGCGCCGGCGGACGGCGCGCGUGGUCGCGCACAGCGCGCCUGGGAGCGUGAAGUUCAAGGCCACUCGGAAAAAGAAGAUUGUGCAGGAACUCGAGUGA